CCACACAAUGGAAAUAUACAAAACAAAGAGAAAUUAAGAUGGAGAAGAAGCCAUAGCUUCUUUCUAUGGUACUGGAUAGAAGGAUUGUACUAAUUUGGAGUGCGUGCAGGACCUCUUUGUAUAUUGAAGAUAAAGAAAUUAUUACUCCCUAUUCCAUGAUGCAAAAGAAAUAUUUCAAGGGGAGUUCCUACAAACCAGAGUCUGUAGCACUUACUGCUGUGGCAUUACAAGAUCAUAUUUUACAUGAUCUUCAGCUGCAAAAUCUUUCAUUAGCAGAUCCUUUAAAGUCAAAGACAUGGAAUAAAAAAAAUAAAUACAGGCCUGUGAACAAGGAGAAAAUCAGAGCAGUUAUAGAUACUGGAUUAAAAAAAACAAACAAACAGCCAAACAACCAAAAUAACCCGCAAAAUGAAGAUCCAGAGAAAGAAUAUGUCCUUGAUCCAUGUCCUCAGCCUCUGACUUUAGCUCAGAAAUUUGGAUUGGUGGAGCUUCCUGCCAUGCCACUAACUCUAGAGGAGUGGGGAUAUGUCAAGCAACGAUCCAUAAAACAAGGAGAUUCUGUUCAACCUUGUGCUAUAUGCAAAGAAGAAUUUGCACUUCAGCCACAGGUGUUGCUCUCUUGUUCUCAUGUAUUUCACAGAGCAUGCCUGAAAGCUUUCGAAAAAUUCGCAGCUAAAAAGAGCUGUCCAAUGUGUAGAAAGACCCAGUAUCAAACAAGAGUAAUUCAUGAUGGAGCCCACAUUUUUAAAAUAAAAUGUGCUACGAGAAUUCAAGCUUUUUGGAGGGGACAUAUUGUUAGAAAGUGGUAUAAAAAUCUGAGGAAAACAGUACCCCCCAAGGAUGCGAGAUUAAGAAAAAAAUUCUUCGAAGAAAAGCUUACUGAGAUCUGCCAGCGAUUACUGAAUUCCUACGAUACCUGUAUUGACGAAUUCUUCUGUGAGAUAGAUUCCACUGUAGCUGCAAGUCACGAAGUAUUUCAGCAACUAGAAGAAAAGUUGGGCCCAGAGAUAUAUGAAGUUGAGUGGGAAAAAAUUCAGAUUCAGGCAUUCCGACAAGAUAUUGCCGAUUGUCCUAUUUGCAUUAUGCCACUCACGCAGCCUGCUCAACUUCAGAAUGGACUUUCCCAGGAUGGCUAUCAGUCAUGUCCCCGUCAGACAGCGCUGCUCUCCUGUUCUCACAUGUUCCAUAGCACCUGUCUUCAAGCAUUUGAAGAGUUUUCUUUAGGAGAAAGACCUAUCUGCCCUUUAUGCCGUUCCUAUUAUCAGAAGAAAAUUCUCAGCUAACAAUUUUAACAUACAUUAUGAAUAUAUUUGUAAGAGACCUAGUAUGUUAAUUGCAUUUCAGCGGGAGGGGGUACACAAAUUAUUUUUUUUCUGAUGAGUGCAUGUGUGUGUAAACCUAGGAAGUGCUGUCACUAGAGAUAUUCCAGUCGUUAAGGUCUGGGGUAGGAUUCAAGUUUUCUUCUGUGUCACUUCAGUUGAAUAUUUGCAUGCAGGGACAGUCCCACAAAUCCUAGUGGAUUGUCAGAAAGGGAGAAAAGCUCCACAUCCCUGGAGAAAUCUGAAUCAACUGAAUCAAACAAUUCUUCAUAAAAUUCUGUAGGCUGAACAUCUAAUAUUCCCAGUCUGUCAGGCUUCUAUCAAUCAAAACUAGGAUUCUGUAUGUAUCUAUUAGCCAAAGGCAACAGAAAGAAUAAUUGCUGCAUUGUAUAAUGUUUUAGAGAUGUUUAUAAUUCUAGCAAGUUUCCUGACGGGGAAUCAUGAUUGGGUGACCAAUGUUCCUCAUCUGGAUACAUGUAGAUAUACAUGUAGAAUGUGUCUCCACAAGCCAGAGAUGAGAUUUUCCUGUAAAGUUCUUGACUGUAUUGUUCUCCGCUCUGUUCGCUAUACAGUUUAAUGCAUUGUUUUAGGAAGUGAGGUGUUCCUCUUAAUUCUAUGCAAUGGCCAAAGAACAUAGCUGUUGAUGUGCAAAACACCCGAUUUUGGAAGUGAAAGAUUGGACUCUCCUCCUGGACAAUGUCAGGAAAUGCUUUUUUGUAAAUUCUUGUAGACCUAUCUAAUGGGAGAACAGUGAGAUCAUAUUUCAAGAGAUGGGGGUAGAAUUAAUUAACUGAAGAAACCACUAACUUAUUUGGGGUGGAGAUGCUUUGCCUGGAGCUCAUCUUUUUUUUUUUUUUUUUUUUUUGACAAUACUUGCAAGAUUCUAUAAUCCUGAUACUUGUUCAGGCUAAGGCAAGAAUUGCAUUAGUACAGCUCAAGAACUCUCCUCACAAAAUGUUUUAAUAACAAAGGGUACCCCCUGUUCUCACAUGGGCUUUGUUCAGUCCAUUUAUGCCUGAGAUAGGCAAUAUGCUUUCUUUGAUCAGGGGCUUGAGGAUAAUCUGUUAGAAGCUGCAUGCCACUGGUGAAUGAAGCUGAAGCUGAAUGGGAUUGCCUACUUUUUCCCCUAAGAACCCUUUUCUCUCUUUGCUAUCUGCUUUUCUGCACACUAUUAUAUCUCCUCCCCACCCCACAUUCUUCUGUGUCAGCAAAAGGAGAUAGAUUACUGUUUCCUGAGGCCCAGGUUGACUGUAGAAAAAUGUAUUUAUUAAACUUGGGGAAAUUAGAUAAGAGAUGCAUAUGACCUUGUGACUGUACAUUAUUACCUAUCUCUAAUUUAAAUAAAAGGGUUUUAGAAAUGAUAAGAUUUUAGGGACAUUGUUAAUGUACCCAGAGACCUCACUUAUGCAAAAAGAUACAUAUUUUUCAAAACCAAUAAUCCAAAUUUCUUUGAAGAGCAUUAUCAAGUACUGUGGAUCAGGAAAGAAAAAUGCUGUUUUGAUAUAAGUAAAAUACCUCUCAAUUGGGACAUGGAAGGAACACGCUUUGUUAAGUAAGCAAAUGUGAUGCAUACUCCAAACUUUAUACCACCGUAUGCAAUUAUAAAAUUUUUUUCAAUAAAACUCCUUAGAAUCAAGUCAUAGAAGAAAGUCUUGUCAAAUACUUUAAUCAUCACUAAACAGGCAAAUGUGUUUAAGUGUGAAUAAAAAAGGGUGAAGGUCACAUUACAUUCAGCUAACCCAACGUCCUAGUAAUCUGUACUUCUGAAUUAACCUAUGUCCAGUUAAGCUUAGCUUUAAAAGGUGAAUAGCAAAGAUGUGCUCAAGUCGUAACAGCAGAUCUGUCAUAAUAUGUCCACACUGUAUUAUCACUCUAUCAUGGAGAAAGCUAAACAAAAACCCACUUGAAACACUUGCUUUGCACAUUUUUGCUCUGCUUUGAUAGAUACCUAGUACAUUUAAGGAAAGCAUAUUUGUGCUUAAGCCUCAUAAUAAAUGAGGCAAAGGUUGAUACCUGAAGAUAAGCUUUGUUAUACCUCAAGAAGUACAAGUACUUAACUCUAAGAAUCAAACAGCUAGGAAUGCAUUAUCUAUAUUCAAUGAAUUAUGAACCAAAUAUAUCUUUUCUGACUUUAUAAAA